CGGGUUCACAAACCCGUGUUUAUGAUGCGGGUCGGGGGUGUAGUUCAUGGGCUGAUCCAGUAUUUGGGAAAGUUUCAAGCUUUCUCCUUUCAUCUCAGAGGCGGAAAAUUCCCAAUCGGGGAGGUCUUUGGAAAAAGCUAUUGGGAAAAAAAAAGGCCAAAGCUUGGCGCCUUGGCCAAAAACUUGGGUCUUUGACCUUUCUUCCUACAAAUGAACAAAAGCUGUUAAAUUCAUUCAUACCCAUCAGAUCAGUUAAUUAUACGAGAAUGGAAGACAUUGUGGAGGAAACCAAUGGAAAACAUGCAAAUAUGGUAGAAAUUACAGUCAAAACCAUCGGCCCUACUCGUCCUUCUCCCCUUCAUGUCCCUUCUUCCAUCAAAGUAAUUGAGUUGAGAAAAUUGGUAGCUCGAAAGAAUCAUUUGCCAGAAGAGAAUUUGAAGCUUAUCUUGCAAGGGAAGGUAUUGCAUGAUCGUGAAGAUGAAGAUGACGUUUACACUCGACUCAAUGAUGGUGAUUCCCUCAUUGUUGCGGUUAAGCCGAAGGCACCGGUUGGACUCAAUAUUGAGGACGAUGAUGAAGAUUUGAAAUUUCAGCUCCCACAGUCAACAAGCCGAUGGAAGAAGAAGCUUUACUCAUUUUUACGUAAUAGAUUGAAGCUUCCUGAUAUAAUUUUGAUGGCAAUGUUUUCUCUGAGUCUUAAGGCGUGGGCUCUUGUCAUUUUGUGGUUUAUACUGGCACCUAUUGCUCAUAAAUGGGAACUCGGACCGCUAUAUAUACUAGGUACCGGCUUUUGUCUAAUUUUCCUGAAUCUUGGACGGCGGCAACCUGGAGAUGUCAGUGCAUAUUCCAUCUUCAAUGAAGAUUUUAGAGAGCUUCCAGGGACCCUCAAUGCAGAUGCUAUAGAUAGAGACAUAAGGACGGGUCGGAUUUAAGCCGGGAUGCUUUUUUCCCUGCAAAAAGUUCGCUUGAUACGGGGCGAACAAUGUACCUAAAACAAAGUAGUGCAUCCAAAAUUAAUGGUAACCCUUGUGUGUGCGUGUGGUUUUAUCCGGUAA